GUCAGACCAGAAGGUUCAGAAUCGAAUGAAUUACGUGUACACGAGGUGGUGUUGGAAAUAUUAGGUAUGGCGUUAAUCCUAUCAGCUGAUAUCGUGUACUGGAGUGACGAUUGUGACGACUGUGACGAGUCGUAGUUACAUUACCUAACUGGUCGCGAUCGUGUAGUAGAACGUUAUCGAAAACGUUGCAAACAUAUUUCUUUAUUGGAUGGCUGCUCUCGUACAUUAAUUGAUCCCGUAUUAUUCAUAUUUGUUUACUUUAAUGACGCAAUGGUUACUUCGGUGUUCGUAAUGGUGAAAAUACUUGUUAAACACGAAUUCGAUCGUGUGCGUCAUUGACAAGACAGAUAGAAUAUGGGGAAAUAAAUCGGAUUAUUAGUCAUAAACCAUCUGUAUAAGUGGCCGGUGUGAUAAAAGAAUCUGCCGACCAACCAGCAGAUUCGGUUGUGAUGAGCGACUCCGAACAGCGGCAAUUACACGUGCCUUAUCGAGAAUAUCAUAGUCAGAACAAUACCAGUACUCCUGCCUUGGUCGACACCGAUGCGCUGGUAGACCUCUCGAUCACAACCAACAACUGCUUGCCGGCAAACAACGAGUGCCCGGAACUGAUACCAGACGUUGAAUUCGUUCCAAACCUGAGCAACGAGCAAGCCAUAGCCAUUGAUUCCCCUGGAAUUGACCGGGAGAGCCAGCCUCUCCUUGGUCGUAUGGAAUUUGAUGUGAUUUUCAAUCGUUUCCCUGAUGAUCCGCAGUUCUCGGAAUUAGUAUGGCAGGCUGAAUUUGCAAUAGAUAUUGGAAUCUUCCCUGAGAGGAUAUAUCAAGGCUCCAGUGGCAGUUACUUUGUAAAAAACCCCACAGGGAAGAUAAUCGGUGUUUUCAAGCCAAAGGAUGAAGAACCUUACGGAAGGUUGAAUCCGAAAUGGACGAAGUGGAUGCACAAACUUUGUUGUCCCUGCUGUUUUGGAAGAAGUUGUCUGAUUCCAAAUCAGGGAUAUCUCAGCGAGGCAGGAGCAAGUUUAGUUGACCGUAAAUUGAGCCUGGGGAUAGUUCCAAACACUAGAGUAGUUAAACUUGUCAGUAAAACAUUUAACUACCCACGCUUAGACCGUCAAAAGGCUCGUAUGAAACAAGUCAUCGUCGAUCAGUUUCCAACGGUGGGCUCCCAUUUCAAUCGUGUCGGUUUGCCGCCGAAAGUCGGUUCUUUUCAAGUUUUCGUAGACGGUUACAAGGACGCCGAUUACUGGCUAAGGCGAUGGGAGAGCGAACCGCUGUCGCCCCAUCUCAGCAGAGAGUUCCAACUCCAAUUCGAACGUUUAGUUAUCUUGGAUUAUAUAAUUAGGAAUACCGACAGAGGUAACGAUAAUUGGUUAAUUAAAUACGAUAACAGUAAUGGGAAAAAUGGGUCGGAACAGGGUGAAGUAAAGAUAGCCGCGAUAGACAAUGGUCUGGCGUUUCCCUUCAAACACCCAGAUUCGUGGCGUGCCUAUCCUUAUCACUGGGCUUGGUUAAGCCAAGCGAAACAACCUUUCAGCGAUGUAACGCGGGAGCUCGUGUUACCGCAGCUCUCGGAUCAAAAUUUUGUACAAGAUCUUUGCGACGAUUUGUAUCACUUAUUUAAACAAGACAAAGGUUUUGAUCGACCCCAUUUCGAUAAGCAGAUGAGCGUGAUGCGCGGUCAGAUCUUGAACUUGCAACAAGCUUUAAAGGAUGCCAAAAGCCCCGUGCAACUGGUCCAAAUGCCUGCUGUGAUCGUUGAAAAAUAUGUUCAGCCAAUGCGAGCGAAGUCGUUUGCCCCCGUGAGAAUGUACAAUCCACCGUCGAAGACGAUCGACACCAGUACCACGUACCACAUGUCCUACCUCAACGUGGACCACGCAGAAAUGCGGCGGAGCCGAUCGCAACCGAUCCGACCUAAGCCUGCUCUCACCAAGUCCGAUGCACGAUUUGCCGGCGAGACCACCAAUCAAUUGAGUUACAAGAGUAUCGGCCACGUGCCUAAAACGAAACCGAUUUUUCCGAAGCAAAGGUCGAUGAUCGGAACCGGUCCCAUGGACUGUGUCACCACGGUUCGUCACGACUUCCAGCGGAAAUACGUGGAGAAGCCAGACAUGAUAGUUCCUUGCGGGAACAUCCGUUUGAGCACAGGCAAACUGGACGCGAGCACCACCGCCAAGCUUUCUUACGUCGAUCCUGGUUGCACCGAGCCAACGAUGAACUUUAAACCGAUCGCGGUUUACUGUCCUCCGAGCGAACCGAUUCCUCAUGACACUACGCACAAAUUAAGUUAUCAGCCAGUUCGUAUCGAGGAAAGGGAAGCGUGCCCUUGGCAGCAGAAACCGAUCUACAGACCCCCGGAUGUCGCGAUGUGCGGUAAGACGACGUACUCGGAAAGCUUCUUGAAGAACGAGGAAGGCUGCUGCACGGAGAAGCCUAUUAAACCUGUGGCUGCCGAUGUAUUCCCUCGAGGCGGUCAAUUCCACGGGAAGACGAUCUACAAAGAAAGUUAUUUGCAGUCGGGCAAGAUAGAACGUGUCGAGCCUAUUCUUCCUUGCAACGCUAUAUCGAAACCGGACGGCAAGAUAUCCACGGAUACAACGAGCAAAAUGAGUUAUCAACCGGUUCAAAGCGAGAAACGUUCACCGAUAUUACCUCGAAGCAGAAGCAUGAUCGGAGACGGUCCGAUGCAAUCUGAGACCACGAAUCGUUGCGAGUUCGUGCAGAAAAUGACUAUGCGUCCUGAUCUAGUUGUCCCUUGUGACAAUCUUCGUAGCGCCGAUACUCCGAUUGACGAUAGGACCACCACCAGGCUUUCCUACGCGAAACCAGGUCCCGUGGAAUGGGUGCAGAGCUUCAAACCUCUCGCUAUAUACAAGAGGCUGCCCGACAAAAUCGAAUGCGACACCGUCAAUAAACUGUCCUAUCAACCGUGGAGCCCAAUUCCCAAAGAAACCGUGCCAUGGGCAGCUAAGGCCAAGUACCAGCCACCCACGAAUCCAAUGUGCGCUGAUACUAUUUAUCAAGUCAGUUAUCCAGCGCCUGGCCACUACGAGGAGACUUGCAUUCCCGACGAGUGCGACUGCUUGCACUCUCACGACGGAUAUCCUGUAACGGAGACAGCGAACCAAGAGAUCUGUGCCUGA